AUCGCGAGAGAGCCCCUAACCCCCGCACCGCGCCCCAAACCCCGCUUCCACCCCAGUGCCCUCGCUGUAGGGGCGAGUGGCGGGCUAGGCGGGGCGACGGGGAAGAAGAGGCGAGGGUGACCUCAGCGGUUCCCCCGCUCCGGGAAGUCUCCUCAGCCCGCCCCCCAGCCCCCGCCCGGAGUUUCGCUCUCUCCGGGGCGGGGCGAGCGGCGGGCGGUGCCGGGCCGGUCAAGUUGGAGCGCGCCUCUCCCGGCGCCCUCCCAGUCCCCGCGCCCUCCCCGCCGGGGCGCGCUGCCCACUGCUCGGUGCCCGCUGGGGCCUCACCGGGUAGGGCCCGCAGCGCAGGCGGAGACCAGAGAGGAGCUCCGGGCGGCGGAGGUGAGCGCGGGGGGCGGGCUCACGGCUCUGCCUGCCCCGCCCGCCAGCCCGCUCCCCGCGGCCGCGCUGCCAUAAAUGGGGCCGCCGGCGGCGGCGGCGGCAUCUGGAGGACCGGGAGGCAGCUGGAGGCAGCGCGGAGUAACUUGGCGGGCGGCGGCGCAGCGACUGGGGCGUCGGGGGACGCAGCGGCGGGCAGACGCCUGGGAGUGAAGUUCAGGGGCUCCCAGGAGGAGAUGCGCGCAGGUUCGCGCAGCUCGGGCCCCUUCGCUAGUGUCCCGGGACCCGCCCCCGCGGCGGAGUGGCUGCUGUUUACUUUCGAUCGAGUUUUUCCUGCUCCGGGCAGGUGCCCAGGGCGGCUCCGGGCGGGCAGUUAACGCGCGUCCCUCCCGUGCCGGUCUUUACGCGCUGCCUGCAUGGGACAGGCGCAUCGGGAGCGUCUCCAGGCGCGCUGACUGGCGUCCCGCUUUGCCCAGGUGAUGUCGGCGGCGGCAUGGAGUUUCCCGAGCACGGUGGGCGGCUUCUGGGCCGCCUGAGGCAGCAGCGUGAGCUGGGCUUCCUGUGCGACUGCACCGUGCUGGUGGGCGACGCGCGCUUCCCAGCCCACCGCGCUGUGCUGGCCGCGUGCAGCGUCUACUUCCAUCUCUUCUAUAGGGACCGGCCCGCGACCAGCCGCGACACUGUGCGGCUCAACGGUGACAUCGUCACGGCGCCCGCCUUCGGCCGCCUCUUGGACUUCAUGUACGAGGGCCGUCUGGACUUGCGCAGCCUGCCUGUGGAGGACGUCCUGGCUGCCGCCAGCUACCUGCACAUGUACGACAUCGUCAAGGUCUGCAAGGGCAGACUCAGGGACAAGGACAGGAAGGAAGGCCUGGAGACCCCCACCCCUCGGGCACAGCGACUUGGUCAGCCACCACGUCUCUGGCCUGCCUGGACUCCUGACCUCUGCCCAGCUGUACAGAAGACCAAGUCCCCCAGCGUUGAGGUCAAGGCUGCCUUCCCUCUCCCCUCAUUUAGACCUUCUCCCUGGCAGGCCCCAGGAGGGUUAGACCAGGCCCUGGACCUGUCACUGAAGCCUGGCCCAAGGCAGGAGACUGUCCAUUCACCCUGCAUCCUCCAGACACCCCUCUACAGCCACAAGCAGCAAGGUGCCCAGCUACUGGUGAAGGACGAGCAGGACUCACUGUCUGAACAGGAGGAUGACAGCAGCCCCAGGAACCCCCACAGUCCUCCAAAGCCACCCUGUGUUCCUGCAGCCAAAGGCCCAGCAGUGGGCCUGGAGCCCCUGCCUAUCAGCCGGGCAGCAGGCAGCCAGGAGCUAGAGCUGGACGCAGGAGGAGUGGCAAGUGAGGGUGAGCUGGGGCCUGGUGGGCACCUCUGCACCUGCCCGCUGUGCAGCCAGCUGUUCCCCAGCUCCCAUGUGCUGCAGCUGCACCUUAGUGCCCACUUCCGCGAGCGGGACAGCACUCGGAGCCGGUUCUCACCUGACAGGGCUGUGCCUACGUGCCCGCUCUGCGGGAAGACAUUCUCAUGCACAUAUACGCUGAAGAGGCAUGAGCGGACCCACUCAGGGGAGAAGCCUUACACCUGUGUGCAGUGUGGCAGGGGCUUCCAGUACUCCCAUAACCUAAGCCGCCAUGCUGUGGUACACACGCGGGAGAAGCCCCACGCCUGCCGCUGGUGCCAGCGCCGGUUCACACAGUCUGGGGACCUGUACCGCCACGUGCGCAAGUUCCACUGUGGCCUAGUUAAGUCCCUGCUGGUGUGAUGCAUCCCUGUGGGCCCUGGGGGUGGAGUGGAAGGGAAGGGGCAGGGCCCUCCCAUUUGGACACUGUAACAGCCAGACGGGAUCCUCUGAGGCUGGACUUCAGACCCACCCUGCAGAAAGGAUGCUGCUGCUUCCGAAAACUGUCUUGGACUCGGGUGACUUGGGCAACCUUACCCUCAUGUGUAGCUGACUCCUGCCCCCGGCCAUGCCCUAUCCAGACUGAUGUGAUGUCUUCCUCUGUUCCUUCCAGCCAAGCUCCCAGGGGUGUCCUGCAGGCACCUGGUUUGACCCAGGUUCCUGGGUGUAAGGGCCCACAUUUGUCUUCUGUCUGGGAUGUUUCUUACUGUCUCUCUGUCAUACUGUGGAGGUACCCUUGAGAGCCUGGCCUCAUGCUAGGUGAAUGAUUCACGUGUCAGAAAAGUCCUUAGUGUGAGUUCCCAAUGGAGCGUUCAAAGGGAACAGGCUACUCUUGAUGGGUGGCAGCAGGAAGCACUGCUGGGAAGGCCUAGGGCGCCGAGAGGGCCAGCAGGGGCCAUCUGGGCACAGCUGGUAUCACGGGGGUGGGGGGCUGUAGCCCCAGCAGGGGUCCUGGAGCAGGAGUAGAGCCAGCUAGAAGCAGAGUGGCUCUGUAGUUACUGUCACUGAGUGGGAUUCGGGUCCUGACUGUACUGUAACUUUGGGCAGGAAAAGUGGGAAUUUGGAAAUGGCUUCUCUUUAGACUCAGAAAGAGCCUCCAUGAGGCUCUACGAGGCUGCUGGCAGGCCGUGAGGUGCUGAGCUGCUCUCCUGCCUAAGUGCAGGUCUGGGGUACAAUGUUUGCAGGGCUUCCUGGCUCCCAGGGCUGAGGGUGAAAGCCACCCUGGGAUGAGGAGGGGGAGGCUGGCACUCCCGGCUUAUGAAUGACCACAGCCCUGCAUUGGUUUGGGUCACCCAACUUCACCUACUUGCUCACCAAGUAGAUCCUGCUGCCAGGACCUCACUGGUUGUGGCCUGGGGCAGGUGAGGGGCUGGGGCUGGGGUAGCUUGGCCCCAGCUUCUGGGGGUCAGCAGGUGGCUUCCCCAGGCCCUGGGCUAUUCCUAUUGGGAGUGGCACAGAGGACAGAGUCUGGCCAAAUUUAAGUUAUUUUCUCCUAACAACACUGAUGUCGUAUUUAUAAGUCUGAUUAGUCUGGUGUGAAAUGACGGUUGGCCUUCAGCAGGUAGAUGCAUCCAAGGCUUAUUCCCUGUGUGCUGGGGCUCUCCUGGUGUGCAGGCCGCUGGCUGGAGAACUCACUCGGCACAAGGCGCUGGUCUGACUGGGGAGGGCCUCUGCUCUGGAAGGGCUGGUGGGACUUCCCACCCACUAUGAUGUGCUCUGUGAUCAGGGGUUUCCAUGCAUGGGCCGUGUGUCCAUGUCUGACUCCAGCCCGUGGCAGGGCCUGAGCCAGCCCAGCAGCCCUUGCAGAUGGGCAAGCACACCUCAGCCGAUCAGAGAGAAGUGGCCUUGCCCACCCCAGUGGUUUUCAGGGGAAGGACUCCCCUUCCCUGGGCUGGGAAGCCUACCUGGGUACCAACACUGGAGUCUGUUUCUUCACACAGUUACUGUGGUGUCAGCAUAAGCAGAAGUGCUACUUUUAAUAUUAUGUAUGUGCGUGUGUGUACGAGACUUGUGUGGACAUGUGUCAGGGACAGCCUGGUAAGGGGUGCUCCCAGCCAGCCCAGCUGCCUGCCCCAGGUCUCUCUGCAGCUCAGCGUCUGGGGGCCAGAGGGCAGCUCCAGUGACCCCCACAGGACAGUCGUCUGUGCUUAGCAUUUGGUGGGAAGACCUUGUCUGCACAGACCCACCUGCUGCAGCCGUGAUAGUCAUGGAAAUGAGUACUGUCUUCCUAUGUUCACGUGUUGACAACAGUGGAAAUAAAGCCCACCCCA